AUGACAGCCUUCAUGGAAUGUGUAAUGCAGGAAAUACUCCAACAUCCCGACGCCUUCGAACCCAGGCCUUGCGGCCCUCGAACCUUUAAGCCUCUCCGACAACGAGCCAGAGGACGCUUCUCUGGCGACAUAAAGAGUCCGAGCCCAUCUCGGGCGGUUGGGGUGGAGGAGAUGGACACAAAACCUGAGGAGGGCACACCUGAACCGGACGACAUCAUCGACCGAUCAACAUUAUGUCUGCCGGACUUUACAGGUAAUUCGAUUCUGCACGGUGGGGACAACGGCUUCAAGAAUGUUCUGCGACAGUACUUCCCAUCUUCAGAGAGCAAUGCUGCAGAACGUCUGGUGGAGCUCAAGGCCAGACUGAGAGAAGCCUCGACACACGACUUCUGGGGCAUAUUGAUGGAAGAGAUGUGUGAUAUCACUGGAUCACAAUGUGGGUUUGUUGCCAAACGGAUGCUGGUGGAUGAUCAAGACAGCGCGGUGGAGAUGCCAGAACUGGGAGAGCCAGGAUCAUGUUUGAUGGGAGUCGCCUUUUAUAUCAACAAUGGUGCGGAUGUUAAGGAGUUAUAUCGAGAUUACCGCUACCACGCCUAUGGAACACCAUGUGCCCACAUGAGGCACGACAAGAUUUUCAUUGUUCCAGAGAGGAUGACGGAGUUCGUUCCAAACAACCCCAAUGCCAUGCCUUGGAAGCAUUCCGAAGCUUUCAUAGGGCUACCGCUUUUCCACGAAGGGAAAUGCUUCGCUCACUUUGGUAUGAUAUGGUCUUCUGAAGGUGCAACCAAGAGAAAGCUAGGAUGGACUUUUAUCGAAAUGUUCUUGCAUUCGCUGGAAGACAUGAUUCUGCAACGCAUUUUGGAAGGGCGAGGCUUCGCCAAGGAGAGUGCAGCUCCUGACUCGGCUCCAGCCAAGGUCAUUCCUUUAUCAGCCAUCACUGCAUCUCAAUCACUAAAACCUUACGCUCGAAGUCUCUCUCAUGAACUGAGGACUCCAAUGCAAGGUGUUGUCGGUAUGCUGGAUAUUAUGUAUUCGACAGUACUAGAUGCCAUCGCCAAUCAGCCAAGUGAUCACGUACGGGCUGUGUUCAAGGAUCUCAAGAAUCACAUCGAAGUCGUGCAGGACAGUUCCAGACGAGCCGUUGAAGCUGCUGAUAACGUUGUUCAUGCUUAUGACAUGAAUAUGCAGAUGCCAGAAACACCUUUGACUCCCAACGACCUAGAUAUCUUGAAAGGAUUGGUAACGCCGAGUUUAGAAUCUGACCUACAGUCACCUCCAACAUCAAGAAAGCGUGAGCGCACAGAAGAACUAGACUUCUUCCCUGGACCGCCAAUGAAACGAAUGUUUGCAAUGACUGAAUCGGAUAUCUUGCGGACUUAUUACCCGGAGGCAAUGAACUCGGAUGGACCUACCAUCUCGAUUACCGAGACUGUCACUUCGACGAUGCCUCCUUCCGACGUCUCGGUGACAGAGAGCGAACCAAGGUUUAGCCCUUUACUAUCUCCAGCUAUAGUCAGUCCAACGCUGCGACGCGUCAUUACGAGAGAAUUUCUGCGCAGCCUUGUGAAUGAAGCGUUGCGGAAUGGCCAUCCCACCAGCGAAGUUCACAAUGAGACCGACUUGGGGGAGAAAAUUGAUGUCCAAACUAUUAGCUCCAGGGGUGAGAUCCAGCAUCGAACGAUCCACCUAGAGAUUGAGUCCGAUGUUCCAGAAGUUAUCAUCACUGAGGAGCAGUAUUUGCAAUUCGCGCUGCAAAAGCUUGUCGACAACGCCAUCAAGUUCACCGAGCAUGGCAGCAUCACAAUAACGGUCAAGAUUUCCAGGAACGCCCAGGUUGUGGAGAUAUGGGUUGUUGACACUGGAUGUGGGAUAUCAGAGGCAUCGAAAUCCAAUCUGUUCAAGCCGCAUUUCCAGCAAGACUCGUCAAUCAGCCGCUCGAGGGAUGGUCUUGGUCUGAGUCUGUUCAACGCAAAGGCUCACGUGAGGAAGAAGUUAGGUGGCGAUGUAACUCUAGAGCGUUCUGAUACCGAGGGUCCUUCGAAAGGUUCAGAGUUCUUGAUUAGGUUACCUAUCUCCAGCCAAGAACCAGGCUUCACAGAUACACCACUAGUCGGAUCAACACCCCCACCUGGCUUGAAUCAAUCGUGCCGGGUUUCACCUUGGCCAGACAAUAACGUACCCUACAUUUCCAGCUUGGACUCGUCGACUUCGACCUUGCCAUCCCGGUGCAAGCAGCCAAAGCAAGCCUCACGCAAACGCCAGUCCUUCAAUCCGCAACUAGCUGCCGACUACCCAUUGAACAUCUUGAUCGCUGAAGAUAAUGCCAUCAACCGCAACGUCGCUGUCGGCUCGCUGAAUAAACUUGGCUAUGCUAACGCCAACAUCACUGUAACGUUCGAUGGGCUGGAGGCUGUGAAGACAUACGAAUCGUCACUCGACAAACCACCAGCGGAGAGGUUCAAUGCCAUUCUGAUGGAUAUCUGGAUGCCAAACAUGGACGGCUACGAAGCAACACGCAAGAUCGUAGACCUCGCGCGCGAGAAUGGAGAAUCGACCAAAGUGAUCGCCGUCACCGCAGACGUGACUGGAGAAUCGGUCGAGCGAGCGAAAGCAAGUGGCAUGGAGGGCUUCCUCGCAAAACCAUACAAAGUAGCAGACAUCGAACGACUAAUAGUCGAGAACUUCGACAGAUGCUGUUAA